GCGGGGGAGCUCUCCUACACUUCUUCCAUACCCUUUCAUUCUGAGACAGAUGACAAGGAACAUGGAAGGAACACAAGAAUUCUCCUCAGUCCCAAAAGUCCAACUUCAACAGAAAUAUUGGGUAACAGAAGAUAGUAAAACUAAACUGCUGACAGUUGGUGCCAAAUGUUUGGAGAUAGUCAGUCACAGAGAACAUUAUUACGAUACUACUUCGGAUGACCUAGCAAUGGCUCAGUUAUGGCUUAGUCAAAGAAAUAAACAAUGGCAUCUUAUACUAGAAUCUCAGGAGCAGAUGUCUAGAGAUAAUAUUGCAAAUCAGAACAAACCAGAAAAUAUUCAGCAUGCUAAACCUACUGUCUAUGAAGAAAAGCAGCAAACACAAUUUGAGCCUAACAAUCAAAAUGAUCAGCAACUUGAUUUGAUUGAAACAGAUAGUACGUCUACAUGUGCAGCAGCCGGUUCUGCAUAUACUGAACUAGUCGAAGAGAGAGAGAUAAUUACACAUCUGGCAGACUUUCUUAACAUAGAUUUGAAAUUUGAGGAAGAAGCAAACAUGACAAUGGAAGACUUUCUGCAGAAGGCUGGUAUCCAGCAUUAUGAAAGCAAUCAUGUUAUUAAUCAAAUAACAUAUAAACUGUGUGACCAGUACACAAUUAUAAUUCAAAAGGAUGAAAGCUCUUUGAAGGAGUCUGCAACUAUAUUGUUAGAUAUGGAUAUUUUAAAUAUUUGCAAAGGCUUUGAAGAAAUGGAAAAAUUAGCGAAUUACCUGGAAUUUGAACAUCCAGCACUUCAAAGUGAACAGGAACUGCUCGUGUAACAAGUUAAAAAAAACCACCAUGAGCACCAAGUCCUUCAAAUUUGUGAACUAUUUUCUAAGAAAUGGUUUAAAGAUAUGAUUACCAGAUCAAUACAUUUUUUGCCCCUUUAAAUUUAAAUCCAGUGCAGUGUGUAACAAAAUCUUAUGCAGCUUGGAAAUACAGAUUUAUGGCAAUGGCAGCAGUACAAGUGAUUAAUGCCAACAGUGAUCUAUGAAUAGCACUGUUAACAGCUGCUGGAGGAAAUACAUUCUAGAGAGCCCCACUUAAACGAACUGCUUAAGAUUAGUUUCCUAUUUUCAAAACUGCAAAGGCUAUAUCUUGGUUCAAUUAAAUAAAUCCCUCAAUCAACCAACCCCAAUCUUUUCAUUUAACAGUUUUAGACAAAAAACACAUUUCCUGCAGAAAAAAAAUCUGUCUUCAGCAAACUAGAAUCUCAAUAGCUAUGAGCAAAUAGCUUAAAAUAUUUUGCAUUUUUUACAGUGAAUACAUUGCCACUUGAAAGAGCUCCUUUACUUACACUAUGCAAAAGCAUUUAAAUGAGACUUCUUUAUUUUAAACCAAAAUUCAUCGCAACAUUUUUAUUAGAACUGUUAAUUCAAGCUUGAUCCUUCACUGCACAACCCUUAUAUAUAAACAAGAGUAAUUGAAGCCUAUAUUACAGCUGCUACAUGUGCAGAAAAGUCAUGCAUAUCCUGGAAUCUCUCUCAUUCACACCAUGAUCAACCUGUUAAACAAAAAUCUAUUUUAUCUGCCCCUUAAGAAAAGAAUCCUAUGACACACUCUCUCUUUAACAUGCCCUCAGUUGUGAUUCAGCAUUUCAUUCACUACUUUGGUGAUAAUAGUAUACCUAUUCUGAACUUUAAAAUGGAAAGUGUAAUGCUGGUGGUCAACAAAAGAGAUUUAAAGACUGUCUCAAAGGAAAAUCUAAAAAAAAUGUUGUAUAAACACUGGCAAUUGGGAAACACUGGCCUGCGAGCACUCCAGUUGGAGAACAGCCUUUAUCAAAGGUGUCAUGGGCUUUGAAGACACUUGAACUCAGGACGCAAGGGAGAAACGUGCUAAGAGGAAGGCAUGCUUGGCAAAUCCACAUGGUGAUCAACUCCUGCCCAGAAACUAAUGUCCCACUGUGGAAGGAGGUGUGGGUCCAGAAUUGGCCUCCACAGUCACUUAUGGACUCAUUGUUAAAUCUUACUCGGCUACGAGUGAUAGCCAAAGAAGAAGAAGAUACAGUCGUACCUCGGAAGUUGAACGGAAUCUGUUCUGGAAGUACGUUCGACUUCCAAAAGUCGUUUGGAAACCAAGGCGUGGCUUCUGAUUAGCUGCGGGAAGAUUCUGCAGCCAAUCAGAAGCUGCGGAACCCGCAUCAGACAUUCAGGUUCCAAAUAACGUUUGCAAACCACCGGAACACUCACGUCUGGGUUUGCGGCAUUCAGGUACCAAAAUGUUCGACCUGCAAGGCGUUCGACUUCCGAGGUACGACUGUACUACUGUUCAAACAAAAUAAAAAAAUUCAUUCCAAUAGCACCUUAGAGACCAACUAAGUUUGUCAUUGGUAUG